GGCACUUCCCGUUGCUACAUGUGGGUUAGCGUGAGUCGGAUAUAGGAAGAAAUCGGGGGUUGCCUUUUGUUUGGUGAUUUUGGCGCGUUGAAAUGACAGACUUUAACUCCGACUAUGAUUUAAACGCCUCGGAAAAGGCGGAGGCAUCAGAACUACAGAGGAUGAUCGCUAUCGAGCAACAGAAAGCUCAGUUCCAAGCACAGGUGCACAACUUCACGGAUGUCUGCUGGGACAAGUGUGUGGAAAAGCCGGGCUCCAGACUGGACUCUCGCACAGAGACGUGCCUUGUGAGCUGUGUGGAACGAUUCAUCGACACCACGCUGAUCAUCACCAACCGCUUCACCCAGAUGGUGCAGAAGGGAGCGCACUGAGAAGCAUGGCCUCCUCCCGCUGCAGAGGAUCCUCCCUUAGUGUGAUUCCUUGGAAAGUAGUGACCGUUGCGCACAAGAGUACCAUAAGAACAAGUUGUGUUCACGGUGAUUAUACAACUUGGGCAUCCUUCUUCACACCAACUGUGAAAUGAUAUGUCAAAAACAUUUAUUCAUACUUGGAUAUCCUUUGUGCCAUUGCAUUUUUGGUGUGUUUAUGUCCAAAAAUAAGAUGUAAUUAAUAAAGAAACCGUCUUCGACACAAA